AUGGAGCUCGUCUUAAAUUCUUUAAAUGAAAAACAGCGAGAAUCGGCGAUUUUCGACUAUACAAAAGCACUGCAGAUCGUGGCAGGGCCGGGGACCGGUAAAACCAAAGUUCUGACAACGAGAGUAGCUUAUUUGUUGCUGGAAAAGGGUAUCAACCCUAGUGAUGUGGUCAUAACAACGUUCACGAAAAAGGCAACGCUCGAGAUGAUUGAGCGGAUUUCGUUUCUGCUCGAAGGCACAGGCAUCAACCCGAAGAGUUUAUGGAUCGGGACAUUCCAUUCGAUAUGUGCGCGUGUACUGAGACAGCAUGGCUGGAGAAUAGGACUUCCGAAAGACUGGAGAACGUUUUCAGACAGCGAUACAGAUCCGAUCAUCUCCACAUUGGUAGAAAAGAUUCCUGACCAAAUACGGGACUUUGCGCACAGUUACACACGGAAAGUCAAUCUUUUGAGGCCCAAUUCUAAGCGAGACUGGGCUGUCCACCCAGCAGCUGUCAAGAAAAUGAUAUCUUGGCUCAAGUCCGAGGGUGUGACGGCUGAUGAGUAUCGUGCUCGAAACGAUCACGAUCCGGCGCUUUUGCAUUUCUACGAUCAAUACCAAGCCGAACUUAAAUCACAACACGCGCUUGAUUUUGAUGAUCUACUUCUCAGUGCUUUCAAGCUACUCUCAAAACAAAGAUGUCUGCCCAACAUCAAGCAUGUGCUAGUUGACGAAUUUCAAGAUACGAACAGUAUACAGCUGAACCUAAUGUACCUUUUCGCUAGAGGAAACAGUUCGCAGUCACAGGGCAUAACUGCCGUGGGCGACCCGGACCAAAGCAUUUACGCAUUCCGUAAUGCAUUGGCUGGGAAUUUUACAGACAUGAUCACGCAUUGUCCUAUACCUUGCUCACGAAUAGUGCUGGUUGAGAACUACCGUUCGUCUCAAAAAAUUCUUACAACCAGUGAAAUGUUGAUAAAGCAACAACAAACAGGCCGCGAAGAUAGACUUCCCUUACGUGCUCAAUUCGACAGUGACUUUCCACCAGUUUAUAUCGAGUUUCCAGCGAAGUUUUUGGAGUCGCGCGCCCUAGCCAAGGAAUUAAUUUAUCUUCGAUCUCUACCCAACCUUUGGAACUAUAAUGAUUUUGCCCUCCUGGUACGACACCGUCGGCAAAUAAGACCUUUGGAGACAUCCCUUAUAGAACACCGGAUUCCAUACAAGAUAGUCAAUGGCCGCGCAUUUUGGGAGCUCAAAGAAAUCAACGGCAUGAUGGACUUGUUAAAGUGCGUUUAUUCCAACUUCGAAAAGAAUGCCAUUCUAAGAGCGUUGCAAUACCCUGCUCGGGGUAUGGGAUCCGCUACAGCUAAGAAACUCGAAAUCAUGUUCGUUGAUUACAGAUCUCCUUUUGAAGCUUUAAGCGAUAUCAUGAAUGGUCCGCAGAAAAACACACUUCCUCCAAAAGCGGUCACAGUGAUAAAUAACUUCAUUUCUCUGAUCGAAAAGUGCAGAGAUCUUCUUACUGAUGCAACCGGUGUAGAAAUAAUUAGUAGCAUCUUCGAUCAGCUCUACGAAGAGUCGGGACUACGUUACGAAUAUCAAUACGUCGAUGGCAAAAAGAAAGCUGAAGUCAAUCCUAAAGGCGAACCUGACUUGAUGAAUAAAAGGCAUCUCAACAUUUUGAUUUUGAGAGAGCAUGUCGCUAAUUUUAAGCCUAUGGAGGAAGACUUGGCUCAGCGCGACGGACCCGUAGAUGAAAACCCCGAAUCUGACAAGUAUGUCAACAUACAUGACUUACUUCGAGAAUUCAUUGACUCUGUCAACUUGUAUUCGACAGAAACCGAGGUUGAUGAAUCUCAAAUGUCAAAGAAGCAGAUUCAGCAAAAGAAGAAGCGAGAAGAAGAAGGGUUUGUGACGAUCUCCACUAUUCAUGGCGCUAAAGGGCUCGAGUGGCCCGUUGUAAUGAUCCCUGGUUGCGUUGAAGGGGUGAUUCCUUGCGUCUUUAGCAACAAAGAAGAUACCGACGAUAGUGAAAACGAGACAGAUUCUGGAACUAGUAAAACAACCGCGGCAAACAACAGCCCAAGGAAAAUGCGACAAAAAAACAGUGAAGGGUCACUUGAUGAAGAACGCAGGAUGUUUUUUGUUGCGCAAACGAGAGCUAAACAUUUACUCUACCUAACAUCGACACUCAGCAACGAUUCAGAGUCUAGAUAUGAAUCGUCUACACCCAGCAGAUUUCUUACGGCUGACCUAGUAAGCACAAUGUGUCAAGAACAGAAACUUUUUGGAGACGUAAAAUCUAUCGAAAAGCUGUAUCGAGCUGUAGGUAAGUCACUGCCGUCCGGGAAUCCUGCGUUUUCAACGGACGUAUUGAUAAAGGAUUACGAAAUGUUCAUUAAUAACAGAAGAGAGAGAAUGAUAUGGAGAGGUUCCACAGUUUUCGAUCCGGCACGGUUGAAGCUCAGCGAGAACACCAAUCAACCCCCUGCUAACUAUGGUAUCACUACUGCGGCAAUGCAGCUGAAAAACACACCUACUAAUAUCAGAGGUCCGCCGCAUUAUUCCCAAAAAUUAGCUCUCCCGAAUAGUGCUGCAAGAACAUCAUCAGAUCCGAGUGCACUUACUGCGAGGAACAUGGCACCCAACUACGGGCUUGCAAGGAGUAAUUCAAUCGGUGCUCCGAAAAAUUAUGCACCAAAAGCCACAUUGCACAAAGUAACAAAAACCCCACAGGCAUCAUCAUUUGCUCCCAAGGCUGGCGAGGCUAUAAAAUUUAACGAAAAUAAGAGAGAUGUCUCGCCUGAGAAAGUCAUCAACAAAGAAUCCAUCACGAAAGCACCCUUUGCAACAAGCAAUAAUAUGAGUUCCGCUAACAAAAGAACAGGGCGCAGGUCGCGAAGAAAAAUAGUAGCGGACUCAAUCGAUCUUCGUGGAAUGCAAUGCGACUAUGAUAGUUCAGUGAUAAAAGGAGAAGUGGUAGAUUUUAAUGUGAAGCGGGAAGAGCCUGUAUUCGAUAAUGCUUGCAAUAAGACGGCAGGCGAACUGCUACAUGAUUCAAAUGAUUUAAGGAAUGACAGUAGGCCAAUCCUCACAAACGCAAAGUCCUUGGCGGAUUCAAUAUCGAAGCCCGCUGGUAAGAGAAUAAAAAGACCAGACGAUAGUACCAAGAAAAAGGUAAAGUUGGAGCCUCUAAGCAGCAGACCAGACAUCAUGUCGCGCCUUUCACAGGCUAAAAAGAGGGCAGAUGAAUCAAAGGACACUGUAAUCAUCAUCGAUUAA